CGCGGCUUGGGCCUUCCUGCUUGCCGUCCGCCGCCUCCGCCAUUGGUUGGGCUCUGGCAGCUGACCCGGCGGCGACGGGGCGAGGGAGCUUCAAGGAUGGCGGCGUCUGCGGCGCUGAUCCUGCGAGAGAGUCCCAGCAUGAAAAAAGCAGUGUUGCUGAUAAAUGAAAUAGACAUAGGAAGAUUUCCACGACUGCUCACCCGAAUUCUUCAAAAACUUCACCUGAAGGCUGAGAAUAGUUUCAGUGAAGAAGAGGAAGAAAAACUUCAAGCUGCGUUUUCUCUAGAGAAACAAGAUCUUCACCUAGUUCUUGAAACAAUAUCAUUCAUUUUAGAACAGGCAGUGUAUCACAACGUGAAGCCAGCAGUUUUGCAGCAGCAGUUGGAGAACAUUCAUCUUGGACAAGAUAAAGCAGAAGCAUUUGUCAGUGCUUGGUCUUCUAUGGGUCAAGAAACAAUUGAAAAAUUCAGGCAGAGGAUUAUUGCUCCCCAUAAGCUGGAGACGGUUGGAUGGCAGCUUAACCUUCAGAUGGCUCACUCUGCUCAAGCAAAACUGAAAUCUCCUCAAGCUGUCUUACAGCUAGGAGUGAGCAAUGAAGAUUCAAAGGAGACUAUUUCAAUGGAAAAAGAUUAUCCAAACCAAAAUCUGGUCAAGAGCCUGGAGAAAGUUCUUCUGGAAUUCAGUCAUAAGGAAUUAUUUGAUUUCUAUAACAAGGAACGCAGUUAUGCUUUGGCGAUAGAGCACAGUAAUUUUCCAAAUGACUGGAGAAAGGAGUGACUCAUACAUCCCAGGCCACGUGCUCGACUCUGCCGUCCAGCCUCUCGCUCUCUUACAUGCUGAUGUAAGUAGUCUUGUGAACAUCAGGGUAUUUAAGAAAUAUUGACUGAAUGAGUUAAUGGAAUACAUUAGUAUUUUUUUUUCUUUUUCUCUCUCCAUCUCUCCUAUUUGCACAUUGCCCUCUGAAUUCUUAAAUACAGGCAAAACCAUCAGAAACCUCAGAUUUACAAGAGUACAUUUCAAAUGGCUAUCGCCAAAUGCAUUGGUAAACCCCACCACCACCACCACCAGGUAACAGCCACCUCUCUUCUGGGGAGGAUCGCCUCAGGUCACCGAUCCUUUCAUUCACCAAGCAGGAGUGGCACGUACACUGAUUAAAAGCCUGGUCACCUGCUAGAGAACCAGAUUUCUCCCCUCCAGAAUGCUAGAGCAAGUUCUCCCACUGCCGUGAGGAGAUUUAUGGUGAUCGCAAACUUGACCUAGACAUGCUUCUGGUACUAAUGCCGCAAACACCGAAAAAACUUACGUUCCUACCAAACUCAGAGGUGCUAAUGCGACAGGGUCAAAUGGAGUGCUCCAGAAAGAUAGCUGCAACAUUCUAACGUUGAGAUGUAUGUUAAGUAUGUAUAGAUUUCAUGAGCUCAUUACCCAGAUUUCAGUUUCCUGUUGAAGAAGUGGUCUUGAUUAAUCAAGGCACACAGAUACACACUGCCCACAACAAGGCUUUCUCACUGAUGUGGGUAGUUUGACGAUGACACAGAUUGUUCCAAGUUAUCCCAAACAUACAGGCUGGAUAAAAAUCUGAAAAAGUUCACACGCGUAAUGCAGAAUGCAAGCAAGAUGCAGAGAGCCAUGCAGAAAACUGUUCAAUAACACUUUUAAAUUAAAAUUGAGUUAGUAUUUUAAAUUAAAAUUAAAAUUUUCACUAGGUUACCAAGACUGUAUAUUUUUAUUUUUUUUUUUAUUUUUUCCUUUUUCAGCCACUCCCAUGGCAUAUGGAAGUGCUCAGGCCAGGGACUGAAUCUAAGCCACAGCUGUAGAAACACCUGGGCCUUAACCCACUGCUCCACAGCAGGAGCUCUUAGGACUGUGUUAAGAUGUAGAGUCCACUGUGAGAGAUCAGUUUGUUUUUGAUAUAAAUGAUGAUUUAUAACAUCUAACUUCCACCUCAUGGCAGUAAAGAUCCUCUCUGUCAGAGUUUACUGUAAAAGCGUGUUCUGUACCUUACUUGUGUGAUCUAAAAUAACUCGAAUAGUAAUAACUCGUCAUCCAGUUUGGGUGCAUCAGCUUUCUGGACUUGAAAAUUACUCAACACAGUUGUUCCUCACUCAGCAGGCUUGAGGGACUCUGGGAGUGGCCACCUCUUCUAGGUGUGCUAUUAUCCUCCCUGGUAGGUUUGGCUCAGCGGUCUUAGAAAGUUCCGCUGGGCAGACUUAGAUGUGUUGAUGGAGUCCCUGAGCCGAUGGGUCAGCAGAGUGUGACUGCCCUGUGUUGUGUUAUUGCUUCAGGUACUCAAUGAGAAUUUGCUCACAUGUUCUGAUUUUACAGUGCUGUGCUUUCCUCUGCAGGCUCCAGGAACCCCUCCUCCCAUCUUUCAUUUUCCUGGAUUAUUUUCUUUGGGUCCAUAAAUUCAUUCCUUGGGAGUUUCUGUUGUGGCUCAGUGCUUAAUGAACCCGACUAAGAUCCAUGAGGAUGCGGGUUUGAUCCCUGGCCUUGCUCAGUGGGUUAAGGAUCCAGCAUUGCCAUGAGAUGUGGUGUAGGUUGCAGACAAGGUUCGGAUCCUGCCUUGCUGUGGCUGUGGCAUAGCCUGGUAGCUGUAGCUCCGAUUCAACCCCUAGCCUGGGAACUUCCAUAUGCCAUGGGGUGUGACCCUGAAAAAACAAAAAAUGCAUUCCUAUAAAUGCCUUUAUACUUUAGGAUCUCUUCUUUUUAGGUUUCAUAUUCAGUUACAUUUGUAAUCAGCAUAGUCACAAUUAAAUUUUUAUUCUUAGAUUUAGCUUUAUAGUUUAUGCUGGGGGAUCCAGGAUUACAAAACUAUUGACUUAAAAAGGUGACACCUCGAAAAAUCAGAUUUUUCUUUCUAUAGAAUCAUUUUUUUUAGAAGACAAUCCUCCUAUAAUUAAAUAAUUAUUCCCCUUUCCAUCAGCUUCCUAAGACUAAAUUUUAUGUGUUUUGCUUUACUAAAGAAGCCACCUCUAUUUCAUAAGCGUCUCUGUAUAGGCUUUCAAAUAGAACAUGUUUGUGGGGAGAGGGUGAAUGUUUUACAGGGAAAGAAAUGUUUCUGUUCCUCUGCUUUCUUUGUGUUGUCUCCCUUUCCAGCUCCCCCCAUCUCGUAAGGGAGAAUGCUCAGCCAUUCCUUUUGGUCAGUUAUAAAAUAUUGAUUGAUUGAUGUUUACGGAUGGGCAGAGUGCUAUAAAAAGACUUUCAUGCAUGGUGAUCCUCCCUCGAACUUCCUGCUUUCACUGCAUGAGUUGGGAAAGAGGGCCUAGUCAUCUUUCUCUGCCUCAGCAAAGCAUCAGCACUUUAGUUCUGUGCCAUGUGGCUGGCAGGGAUGAGUGAUGGUCCAGAAUUUGAGCUGAAGCUGAGAUGUGUAAGGAAGAAGGGAAAGGUAAUAAUAAAGUGUUACUUUGUUUCUCAACUGCUAUCAUCCUUUCUGUAUGUAGCUUCCUUGGGAAUGUCAAUUGUUGAAGAGUGACAGGCAACACAAGAUUUGGGGGUUUUCUAGUCAAGUGCCAUUAAAUGCACUCACAAUUUCCCCUCUGUCCUCUAUAAAUAAUAGCAAAUGUGUCUUACUUUUCAGUGGUGAACAUGUGUAGAGACUAUGGACAAAAAUACCAGAGUCAUCAUUCUUACCUCUCAACUCUCAAAUGGGCGGGAGUAAGAGAAGGAGGCUUUAAAAAUCAAUGACUGACUUUGUCUGAGGACCCCAUUCCUGAUAAGCAAAAUCUCCACUUCUCUGAAAACAGAGGGGAGACAUUGCUGAGUCAAUUUCAAAGGCUGCAACAGACCAGUGAGACCAGGUCACCGGAAGGAUGGAAAUUCACCUCACAUGCACCUUCCUCUACAUUUCUGAGAACUUGAACUUCAGCUGCUCCCACCAGCUCCCUAUGAAGCUGAACAGGGAUGGAAUGUACCUUUGAUAGCCUGACAUGAUUCUGUCUUUUGACCGUUCGUUGACUUUGUGGAAGGAAAAGAACAAUUGAAAACAGGGCUCCUCUCUUUCCAGACUAAGCAUUUACAAUGCAGACAACUAGGUAGGAAACUGAGAAGAGAGGAUGAGAUGUUUACUGACUGAUCAAGUUAGCCCCAUAUGCUCCAGUAACAGAUGUCCGAAGUACUUCAGGGCUGCCUUUGUGCUUCCUUUUCUAAAUGUGUGUAGUUAUCGGCCGGUAGAACUGAUUCACAUCUUACGAAACCCACAGAAUUUGCUUCAGGCAUGAGAACGACUGAAUUUAAGACUUCUUCCAUAUGGUAGUUUCACCCUGAAGUAUUUAACCCAUACCAGUGUGUUGCAUAUCAAAAGCAGAGCAACUUGAUUUUGCGAUGCCAAGUUGUUUCUGCUUCCAACAAUUAAACACUACCUUGCUCAAAUCUAUGAAAGUGCUCAUUGGCUGAACUUCAUCCACAAAAUGUGUUAUAGGCAGGACCAAAAAAAAAAAAAAUCUAAUUAAUGAUGUUUAGCUUUAAAGAGUAUGUGACAUUUUCCCUCCUUGCAGGGGGCUCUGAGAAGUCCCAGGGUAUGUUCAAAAUAAUUAAACUUGCUUACUUCUUUCUGCUUCUUCCGGACUGCCAUUGUGGGGAAGGGAAGCCAGAUGGCAGGAUGCUUCUCCCCCAGACCAGUCAUCAUGUCCUCAGUUUUUGUCCCUUCCAGCUGUUCCCAGCUUGUUCCCAUCUUCCUCCCUGCAUGGAUCCACUGCAGACCCAGGAUGGGCAGAGUGAGAGCCACAGACCACCAGGAGCUUACCAUUUAUGCAGAGAUACCCUUCAGACCUCAAAUAGCAGGACCCAAGAUGCCAGACAGAGCUCUCAUGUCAUCUACUGUGACAUUUCUGCUGCAAAAAUAUAAUAAAUAAAUGAAUAACU